UUACAUGGAUCAAGCAAAAGGCGCUUCUAACCAUUCUCGUCCUUUUUCCACGACUUUCCCCUAGCUUUUAUCCUUCUCUGUGAAUGAGGUAUAGCUGGAUAGAUGUCUCCAGACCUGAAGGACGUCCAUGAACGCAAAGAAGAGAUAUUCUUUGAUUAUUAUUGUCGGAUUAAUCGGCUGUUGUAUUUUCGUAGCGUUUAGAAUCUUCACUGGCUCUAAGCUAACACGUUCUUCAAAUGUCAACCUCGAAAACCUACAACAACAACUUUUGAAGCCUGAUUUUAUGACUCAUGAUGAUGAAUAUAAACUGUACGAUGUGUUAUCUUCCCCAAUGGAUCGUAAGAAGUUUCGGACUCUUUCAUCUGAGACCAAGAAGUGCAGAAUGGAGACAUGCUUUGAUAGAACCAAGUGCUUGAAAGACUUCAAGGUUUACGUCUAUCCUAUCCGCCCUGGCGAAAAACUUUGUCCAUUAUUUGCAAAGAUUUUAAAAGUCAUAAAAGAGAGUAGCUUCUACACAGAAAAUCCAUCCGAAGCUUGCCUAUUUAUUCCAAGUGUAGAUAGUCUCGAUCGAGAUCGGAUAAGUCCUGACUAUGUUAGGAAAGUUGGUGAGAAAAUUCGUUCGUUACCGUACUGGAAUUCCGGAACAAAUCAUGUAAUUUUGAAUUUCUUUUCUGGGACAUGGCCUGAUUACGUGGAAGAUUUAGGGUUCGACGUUGAAAAGGCAAUUUUAGCUAAAGCAUCUUUGUCGUCGAGUACACUUAGACCAGGUUAUGAUAUCAGCUUACCGCUUCUACCUAAAACUCAUCCAUACAAGAAUGGGGGAAAUUUGCCUAAUUCAGCAAGUGUCUUCCCCCUUGAGAGAAAAUACAAACUAGCGUUUAAAGGAAAGCGUUAUCUCCAUGGAAUCGGAAGCGAGUCUAGAAAUGCUUUAUACCAUAUACACAACGCUAAAGACAUAGUACUAUUGACAACAUGCAAGCAUGGCAAAAACUGGGCCAAACAUAAGGACGAACGAUGUGAUCGAGACAACGCUGAGUAUGACAAGUACUCCUAUGAAGAAUUAUUACAAAACGCAACUUUUUGUCUAGUGCCAAGGGGCAGACGUCUUGGCUCAUUUCGGUUUUUAGAAGCUUUACAAGCUGGAUGUAUCCCUGUCCUACUUAGCGAUGGCUGGCAACUACCAUUUGAUGAAGUAAUAAACUGGAAAAAAGCAUUAAUAAAUGGUGACGAGAAGCUAUUGAUGCAGRUUCCUGGGAUUGUUAGAUCCUACAGUAAAAGUCAAGUACUCGCAAUGAAACAACAAGCACUGUUUUUGUGGAAUGCAUAUUUUUCUUCAGUCGAAAAAAUUGUUUUUACUGCGUUAGAGGUCAUUAGGUCAAGAAUAUUAAAAAGUAAAGCGGCAGGCUACGCCAUGUGGAAUAAUUAUCCAGGAGCUCUUGUUGUCUCUUCAUCCUACUCAAGAAAUCUUGAUGACUUUCCUUUCUACAAUUCAAAGCAAUGCAAAGAAAAGAGUGCAUUUACUGCUGUUAUUUAUACAUCGUUGCCUGAAAUCAAAGAAUCUUCUCCUCUCUAUAGACUAAUUCAACGUGUUGCAGAAUCUAAAAAUGUUGCAAUGAUUUUGGUCUUGUGGAUGUCAAACACUGCAAUUCCUGAGAACAAGAGAUGGCCACAGAUUAAAGUGCCAUUGGUUAUAAUAAGACCUGACUUCAAGUCAGUAAAUAGUCGCUUUAUCCCUCGGUCUCUGAUAGAGACAGACGCUAUAUUAUCACUGAAUGAUGAUGUGAAGCUAAAUGUCAAUGAGAUUGACUUUGCUUUUAACGUGUGGAAAGAUUUCCCUCAGAGGAUUGUUGGCUUUCAAUCUAGAGAUCAUUACUGGGAUAACGGGAAAUCACACUGGAUGUAUUCCUCAGUCCACGAGAAUGAGUUUUCCAUUGUUCUUACUACAGAUGCUUUUUAUCAUAGAUAUUAUAAUUUUUUAUAUACCAAUUAUUUACCCAAGAAAGUCCAUCAUAUGGUCAAUCAUAAAGGAAUGUGUGAACACUUAGCAAUGAACUUCUUAGUUGCUGACGUCACCAGACUUCCCCCAAUAAAGAUCCUGCCAAUCAAGAACUAUCACGAGGGUCUUGGCAAGAAUACCAAAAGGUCUAAAUUAAGACAACAGUUCCAUACUUUUCAGAAGUGUUUGGAGGCAUUAGUGGAUGUGUUUGGUUACAUGCCGCUAGUUAAGUCCCAGGUCAGACUUGACCCAUUACUGUAUAAAGAUCCUGUGUCAAAUUUAAGAAAGAGAUAUAGGCUCCUUGAGUCGUAGAAUAACAUUACUUCAAUAAUUAAGGUAAUAUAUGACAACAUUUGAAAUGAAAGGGCCAAAAGACUUAGUUCCAUACAUUCACUAAAUAUAGACGCUUUCCAAAUUUGCUUUAGGCUGCAAGCAGUCCCACAUUUCCCAACGGACUCAGUAAAGAGGGGUGUUUUAGGAUUCCUAUGGACACAUGUGGAGAAACUGAGUCUGGAGGAAAAGUAGAACAGCUCACAGUCUAAAUGUUCUUAAGUCAUUCAAGCAUUUUUAUCCAGUAAAGUUCUGUCCUCAGGCUMCGUCCAUUGUCCAAGAAAACAAAUUGUACAUACAUAAUAUGCUUUUCAACACACCUACUCAUGGUUUGAUUAUCAAAUGAAAUGUUCUUUCUCAUGUUAGAUAUCACUUGAAACAACCAAAGCUUACAUAGAUACCUUAGAUACCUUAAAUACAGUGAAGUCUAUAGUUAUCUUGAACCUCGUGGGGACCAGGCAAAAAGUUUUGAAAUUAUGGAGGUUCAAAAUAUCCAUGGUAAAAUAUCCUAGUUUUACACUUACUCAAUUCCAUGUAAAGUGGCCCUUAGUUUGAGGUCAUGGGAAGCUAGAGAUGGCAUUAUAUAAUAUAGGGUUUGAGGUAAUGAGGCCACAUGAUUUUUUUCAAUACAACUUUCAAAGGGAAUAUUUAUUAAAUAGCAUUUUUAACCA